UCCUUGGUCGCCUUGCGUCAGGUUCCAAAUUAGGGUUUUGGUUGUGGUGUUCAACACAAGCGCCGUAUGGCAAGGCGACCGCCCUCAGAAGCUUGCGAUCUAGCUGUGGAGCCUUGGCCCUUGUAGACCCGCUAGCUUGCAAUACCUACUCUCCUCUGGAGCCUGAUCGGAUUGCCCCUGCUCGCCAAUUGCCAUGGCUGGCAGCCUCACCAGCUCCGAUCGCUAUGCAGCGGCGGCCUUGCUUGCACUCGCGCUAAGAGAAGCGCAGAGAGCAAGGAAAGGGGAGCUUGAGCUUGAGGAGAAGGAGGAAUGGGCCUUGAAGGAGACGGCUAGGGCCGGUGACUUUUCCUGGUGCAGCCAAGAGUGUGGCAUUCUGGAGAACACAUGCAGAUGCUUACUGAUUGAGGAGGACCGCUGGUCCAGCCUGGAGCGCCUGGGACAAACACCAGACACAAAGUUGCAAGUAUCUGCUUUCUUGCAUGUUUUGAAAGAAGGGGAGGGCAGCAAUUCUGGGGCUGAGGAUGACAAAAGCCCUGGCAAAGCAGCGCUGGAGCUGUCAGGGCAGAAGGUGGAGGACACAGUGACAGAUGACAAAUCGCCUGCGCAAUUGUCUGCGCGCUCGGCCCCCCUCAACGUUGACAAGACUGUCAGCCAACAGGCACUGGACCGCCUGACUGCGAUGCAACAUACUUCGCCCUCGCCAAGCACCGCUGUAUUUCAGGACAGCCCAGAAGCUCCUCAAGAAACAAAAUCAGAGCCCCAAAAAACUUCCACGACACAAGGCGAAACGCCCACGAAUCCCGACGACGCCCCCAGCACAAGCGCUCCUGUUCCCAGAAAGCCCAAACAUUGCAUGCUCCCCCCAGACGCGCCCAAGUUGUCUCCUCAACGCACUGUAGCGGUUGUUUAUGAGCUGCUCUACGCUGCCGUGUCGGACGGAUUGGACUACGGCAAGAAGGGCGGCAAGGUGCACAAGCGGCCGGGGUAUGAUGCACGGCAGCGGGUAGCCCUGCGCUUCCUGGCGGAGUGGCUCGACCUGCCCUGGAAGAAAGUGACUGAGCUGGAGGUGGUGGUGGCUCACGCGGCGCUGGCGGCAGAGACUGCGCGGCGGGAGAUGCUGGAGAAGGAAAGAGAGGAGGACGCUGAGUCCGAGAAGAACCGCAAGAGCUGGGCCAAGUGGAAGCGCAACAUGUACGUCGGCGGGGCAGCAGUAGCAGGCGGAGCGCUGCUGGCCGUCACCGGAGGCCUUGCUGCCCCAGCCAUCGGUGCUGGUAUUGCCGCUCUGACGACCGGGUCCGUGGCAGCGACUGCCGCUUUGGCUACGACCACUGCGGGCACCGCAGUCGUGGCGGGGGCGUUUGGAGCCGCUGGUGCUGGCCUGGGUGGCUACCGGAUGUCGCGGCGGGUUGGGGACGUGAGCGAGUUCCAGUUCGAGCCCGUCGGAGAGAACCACCAACAGGGCUGCUUGGCGGUGGGCGUCUACGUGGCUGGCGUGUGCUUCGAGCCCCAGGAUUACGUCAGCGCGUGGGAGGCUCCUGACCGCGACCUGGAGCGGUUCGUCGUGCGAUGGGAGAGCAAGGAGGUCAUCCCCGUCGCCACCGCCGUGCAGGACUGGAUCAAGGCCAAUUUGACUGCGGAGAUCGUGAAGAAGGGCGCCAUGAUGACUGUGCUGCAGGGCCUGCUGCUGGCUGUCGCGUGGCCCGCCGCCAUCGUGGGCGCGCUCAACGGCAUUGAGAACAAGUGGGCCGUCGUCAUCAACAGGGCGGACAAAGCGGGGGUUCUGCUGGCAGACGCCCUCCUGAGCGGGAGCCACGGGGACCGUCCGGUGACCCUGGUCGGGGCGUCGCUGGGGGCACGUGUCGUCUUCUCGUGCCUCGAGGAGCUUGCGCGGCGCGGCGACACAGGCGGCAUCGUGGAGCGCGCGGUGCUGCUGGGCAUGCCGCUGCCGCACGAUGUGAAGCGGUGGGAGACCGUCCGGGGGGUGGUCGCCGGGCGGCUGGUGAACGGGUACGCCACCAACGACUGGACGCUCGGGGUGAUCUACCGGGCCAACCUGAUGACCACAUCCAUCGCGGGGCUCCAGCCGUGCCCGCACACCGGCGUCGAGAAUGUGGACGUCACGCCCUGGGUCAAGGGCCACACGUCAUACUUGCAUCAUCUGCGGGAGAUCCAGGCGCAAGUGGACGUCGACAGCUGCUGGCCGGUGGGAGUGCUCGGGUUGCCCGAGGCCGAGUCGGUGCCCGCGGGAACGCCUGCAAAAGAGCAACUAGAGGCGGCAGACGUGGAGGCCAUGGCCGCGCAGGCAGGAAACCUGACUCUCUGAGGACUGUGGAGACACGCAGAGAGUUCACACAGAGUACGACAAACCUUUUGAGUCCUUUUUAGGACAUGCUGAGAUCAUAAACUGUACAUAUGCGCGCCUUUUGGCAUGUGGCGACGGUGAAGAGACUUACUGACGGGGAAAUGUUUUGAAAUGUAUUUUGUCGGCCGUGGGUUCCUCUCAGCCGGGACGGUUGACGCUCGGCGGACUCGUUACUGUAGUUGUCCCGCCGCCGUUUUAGUCCCUCUUUAAUCAAUCCGUACUGCAGGACUUACUAAAGCCCUGACUGCCGGGCGGGCUGAUUCAGCGGGUACGGCUGUGUUCGAGAAGAUCAGAACUGUUCAAGAUAACCCGACUCCCCAGGUCUGGAUGGUGAAUAAUUCCAUAGCCUGGUUUGCGAUAAGUUAAAGAUGGAUAUUCCAGUCUACUUCACCGAUAUGGGUUUUCGGUCCACGACCGACUCGCGAAUAUUGAGGAAAUAUUGAAAAAGUGACAUAAAUAUCUCACAAUCUGCUCGUCUUAAAAUAUAC